AUGGAACAAAAAGUUUUUUCUAUUCAAGGAAUGACAUGUACCACUUGCUCAAAUACCCUUUUCAAGUAAUUUUCACCUUAGUGGUCUCUCAAGACUUCCAGGAAUUGAGCACGUUUCUGUGUGUCUUUUAACUGAAAAAGUUCUCCUUAAAGGUCGAAAUCUAAAUCCCGAUAAGAUCAAAUUAACAAUAGAAAAUUUAGGCUUCGAUGUAACUCCUAUUUAGUGCAAUGAAAUAAAAGAGUGAAAUAUCUUGGAUGGAGAGGUCACUUUUGAAUUAAUUGGAAGUGAACUUAUAAAUAAAAGCAAAAUUCAAAGUGUAUUAAAAAAGAAAAAUGGUAUACCUAUUUGCCAGAAAUAGCCCACUAAGGAGAAUUUUUUGGCUCGCCAUUCUUAAAUUUGGUUAGCCAGAAAAUAUAUGGCAUGCCAACGAAUUAGGCAAACCAGCUUGUCCAGCCAACAAAAAAAAUACUCUUUAGUGGGGUAUUCUUGAUAAAUAAGUAUAUAUCAGACGUUGAGUUUUUAGAAAAACCGAAUUUAAUUAAAGUUUUGUAUGUGGCUGAUGCGAUUAAAGCUAGAGAAAUUGCUUAUUUUCUUGAAGAUGCUACGAAUAUGAAAAUUAGUGUAUAUAAUGAAAACUCAAGAAAAGGGGAACUAAUAGAGAAACAACAUAAAACAAUGAGAAUAUGGCUGAAAGAAUUUUUGGGUAGCUUGAUAUUUACAAUACCGAUUUUUAUUUUAGGAAUUGCAGUUACACAACUUGUAGAUAGCGAUAAUUUGGAAAAAGAAAGGACUGGAGAUAAUUUUUUAAUAAAAAAAAAUAAAAAUAGAAAUAAUAAUUAUUUUUGGAAAAAAACAUGGAAAUUGGAGAUAGUCUUCCUGCUUGUAAUUUAGCUAUGUGGUUUUUGGCAACUCCUGUACAAUUUUGAUUUGGGCUUAGAUUUUAUAAAGGAAGCUACAAAUCAUUAAAAAGCGGAAUCGCAAAUAUGGAUGUUUUAAGUUUAAGAUAUCUAUUUAAGUUCCGUACUUUUUGGCCUCAGCCUUGACUACAGCUCCAAAUAACUGUAGGUGGUUCUGCCUAACCGUCAGCCUGCUUCUGUCUCCAAGCCCCUUAGGACCUCUCUAAUCUACACAUACUCAGUCUAGACACGUUCUCUUAAGCUGAGACUCUUAAGAAGUCAUACUUCUCUCACUGACCCCCGAUGUCAGACCUGAUCCUACCCCUAGCUGGGAUUUUUAAUUGCCAUUGAUGUCUUAAUUGUAUUAGGAACUUCAUCAGCAUAUAUAUAUGGUGCUAUAAUGAAUAUGCUUUAUAUUUUUGAUUAUCAGUCUGAUACUAACAUGCAUUAUAUAGAAGCUUCCCAUAGUUUUGAGACUUCUUCCCUCUUAAUUUCUAUUAUUUUAUUAGGAAAAUACCUUGAAAGCCGAUCAAAACAUAAAACUACAGACGCAAUUACAAAACUAGCAAACCUUCAGAUAUCAAGCGCAGUUUUAUUAGAAAAUGGAACUGAAAGAGAAGUAGAUUUAGCUUUAUUAGAAGUAGGAAAUAUAGUAAAAGUGUACCCAGGAUCUUCUAUACCAGUAGAUGGGAUUGUUAUUGAAGGGGACGCAUGAGUCAACGAAGCCAUGAUGACUGGUGAAAGCUCACUUGUCAAUAAAACUAAAAAUUCCAAUGUAUUCGGAGGUACAAUUGUUAACACUGGUGUAAUUUUAGUAGAAAUAAAAAAGCUUGGCAAAGACUCAGCCUUGGCCCAAAUAAUUGAUUUAGUCGAAAACGCCCAAUCCACUAAGCCAGCUAUUCAAAAAUUUGCUGAUAAAAUUUCUAGGAUUUUUGUUCCUUGUGUAGUAUUGUUUGCUAUAAUUACUUGAAUUGUAUGGUUUUGUUUAGUUUAUGGUGAAAAUCAUAAUGCUAUUCAUAUGAUGAAUAAAAUAAAUGAAUGUAAGUUUGUUUUUGCCUUUAAAUUUGGAAUUUCUGUAUUGAUAAUAGCUUGUCCUUGCGCUUUAGGUCUUGCUGUUCCUACAGUUAUUAUGGUAGCUACAGGUGUGGCAACUCGUUAUGGGAUAUUAAUUAAAGAUGGAGAGUCAUUAGAAAACGCAGCUAAAAUCAAAACCAUCGUUUUUGAUAAAACAGGGACUUUGACUAGUGGCAAACCCAAGGUUAAAGAAUUUAUUAUGCUGUUAGCUGAUUACAAUGAAGCAAAUGUUAGAGAAUUAGUCGCUUCAGUUGAAGCUAAUAGUGAACAUCCUGUAGCUAAAGCAAUAUGUGAAGGCAUUAAAAAUGUAAAAAAAUGCCAGAAUUUUCAUAAUAUUGAAGGAGAAGGAGUCACAGGUAUAGUAGAUAACAAAGACAUUUAUGUAGGGAACACAAAAUUAAUGGAAAGAUUUAAAAUCCAAGUUGAUGGAAAAAUCACCAAAAUUAAAGAAAAUUUCGAAAAUAAAGGCCAAACUGUGGUUUUUGCAGCUACAAAUAGGCAGAUUUUAAGCUUAAUCGUGUUAGAAGAUCAAGAUUUGGUUAGACCUGAAGCUCCAAUAGUAGUCAAAGAGCUUAAAACACUUGGCUAUGCUGUAUGGAUGAUAACAGGUGACAAUGAAAGAUGCGCAAAAAGAGUGGCUGAAGCUGUAGGCAUUCCUAUAUGCAAUGUCUUAGCUAAUUGCUAUCCAGCAGACAAAAAAUCUAAGGUUGAGGAGCUGCAGUAUCAAAAUUUAUAUAAAAAACGAACUAAAAGCGUAAUAACUACAACGGAUGUGGAAGACUCAUCAGCCAAACUGACUAAUAAAGCAUCCUAUGGAGGUGUUUUAUUUGUAGGAGAUGGAAUAAAUGACUCUCCUUCUCUUGCUCAAGCUGAUAUUGGGAUCGCUAUUGGAGGUACUGACAUUGCCAUUGAUGCUGCCAGUAUUGUUCUAUUAAAAAAUGACUUAAAAGAUGUACUGAUAGCCCUUGAUUUGACUUCAGUCGCGUUGAGGAGGAUUAAAUACAAUUUUUUCUGGACUUUUAUCUAUAAUAUCAUAGGAAUCCCUAUGGCAGCUGGUGUAAUAUAUAUGAAGACUGGGGUUUAUAUUGAUUCUAUUAUGGCUGCAGCUACGAUGGCUUGUUCAUCUAUUGCUGUCAUUUUUUCUUCACUUUGGCUGAAUAGAUAUAAGCCCCCAAAAUUUCGUAAUUAG